ACGCCGUGGUGGACAAACAGCUGGCAGCUGAUUUGCUGUGGGCUGGACUCGCACUAACGCCCUUCACUGGCUUGAGCCGAGGCUGUGGGGAAUCGUUCGACUAGUAGUGUGAAGCCGAGCGGAGUGCAUCGAUCCGUCAUACAAAGACCCCGGAUUGCUGCUCUCCUUCUCCCGCAUCUGCGCCCUCACUAGACUCUUCCUGUCCUUCAUUCUCCCUCGCAUUUGCAUCUGUCACCAUGUCGCAACCACAGCGCAUCAUUGUCGUUGGCGCUGGCUUAUCCGGCUUGAGCGCUGCUCACACCAUCUAUCUUGCUGGUGGCAAUGUCGUUCUCCUAGACAAAAACAACUUCAUGGGAGGCAACUCCACCAAGGCCACCUCUGGAAUCAACGGCGCCCUCACACGGACCCAAGUAGACCACGGCAUUCCCGACAGCGUCAAGCAAUUCUACGAUGACACACUCAAAUCCGCCCGAGACAAGGCGCGGCCGGAUCUGAUCAAGGUCCUCACCUACAAGUCCGCUGCUGCCGUCGAGUGGUUGAUGGAUGUCUUCAACCUCGACUUGACGCUUGUUUCGCGGUUAGGUGGUCAUUCCCAGCCCCGAACGCACCGUGGCCACGAUGCCAAGUUCCCCGGUAUGGCCAUCACAUACGCGCUGAUGCAGCGAUUUGAGGAGUUGGCCGAGCAGGAGCCAGAACGCGUCCAGCUUGUCAAGAAGGCAAAGGUCACAAAGGUCAACACGGAGGCCAACCGUGUUACCGGAGUUACAUACCUCUUCAACGGCGAGGAGACGACAGUGGACGGCCCAGUCAUUCUUGCGACUGGUGGCUAUGCUGCCGACUUUACAGAGGACUCGCUGCUGAAGAAAUGGAGGCCAGACACUUUCGAUCUGUCAACCACCAACGGUGCUCACGCUACCGGUGACGGUCACAAGAUGCUGAUGAAGAUUGGCGCUCAGGGGAUUGACAUGGACAAGGUCCAGGUACACCCUACUGGCCUGGUAGAUCCCAAGGACCCUACGGCGAAGACCAAGUUCUUGGCUGCCGAAGCUCUCCGUGGCGAGGGCGGUAUCCUCCUCAACAACAAGGGCAAGCGCUUCUGCGAUGAUCUCGGCCACCGCGACUACGUUUCCGGCAUGAUGUGGGGCGAGAAGGAAAAGGGCAACUGGCCUAUUCGUCUUGUCCUCAACUCAAAGGCCUCCAACGUCCUCGACUUCCACACGAGGCAUUACUCUGGCCGCGGUCUGAUGAAGAAGAUGACUGGCAAAGAGCUCGCCAAGGAGAUUGGCGUCAGCGACAAGGAGCUCCAGGAGGAGUUCAAGAGCUACAAUGCCAUCGCCAAGGGCGAAAAGAAGGACACCUGGAACAAGAAGUACUUCCACAACUUGCCCUUUGACAUUGACGACACUUUUCACGUGGCGCAUAUGGAGCCUGUGCUCCACUUCACCAUGGGUGGUAUUGAGAUCAACGACCAGGCACAGUGUUUGAACGCAGACGGCAAGCCAUUCGACGGCCUGUACGUCUGUGGUGAGCUUGCUGGUGGUGUCCAUGGUGCCAAUCGCCUCGGUGGUUCAUCACUACUUGGCUGCGUUGUGUACGGCCGUGUCGCAGGAGAGUCAGCGUCCAAGUACCUCUUCCAACAAGCGCUGAACUCAGCUGGUGGCUCAGCUGUCUCCCGUCUCGGCCAAAUCUCUCUACACAUCGACCCAUCAACGCCCGGUAAGAUCUCGGUCGAGUGGGGUAACGGGGCCAGCGGUAGUGCUCCUGGUGGCGGUCAAGGACAAGACAAGGUCCAACAACAGAAACAAGAAUCAGCGGGCCCGGUUUUGAAGGGCGACGCCGACUCAGAAGAUCCCGGCAAGGUCUCGAAACCCAACGAGCCCAAGAAGUUCAACAUCCCAGAGAAGGAGUUCUCCCUUGAGGAGAUUGCGAAGCACAACAAGAAGGACGACCUAUGGAUCGCUGUAAAGGGUAUCGUCAUGGACGUUACCAACUGGACAGACGAGCACCCUGGUGGUCCUCAGGCCCUCUUCAGCCACAUGGGCAAGGACGCAUCGGAGGAGUUUGAGAUGCUACAUGAUGAUGAGGUUAUUCCCAAGUAUGCGCCUGAGAUUGUCAUUGGAAGGGUCAAGGGGCAGGAGGUGACGCUGGAGUAUUGAGAGGAUUCGAUGUUUGGAUUGUACUUCUAGCCUGUUAUUGGAAUAUAUACUACUUACAUGCCUUCAACCACUGUACUUUGACUUGUGGAACUUAUGUGUUUCG